GCCCCGUUAAAAAAGGAGGGGGCAUGAUAAUUCAGAGACUCCUCAUGUGACUGUCGCGGUCAAACCGUAUUGCUGUAAGACCAGCGGGCUCCUGCUGCUGCUCAUGGACAUGUUGAUUGAAGAAGAGGGGGGUGCUUUUUCACUGUAGCCGUGUUGAUGCGAGGUAGAGCAGACAGUGGGGGAGACACACAGUGAAGAGCGGUCGUGUUGUGCUAACAGAGCCGGGGUACUUUCAUGGAUUCCAUCACGAUGGCUGGGAGAGGAGGGCGAACACGGUCGUUUUACCGACCAAUCCAUUAUUUAAACUAAAGGCCGGUACUGUUUCUUCCCGAGGACUCAGAGGAAAAGAAGAAGAAGAAGAAGAAGAAGGUGAUGACCUGGAUGGUGCCAUGUGAAUGACUGAAGACCAUGAAGCCCACACACAAGCUGAUGUUCGUCCUGUGCCCCAUGCUGGUCCUGGGCUUUAUUUACUACUCCUCCGGGAAGCUACAUCUACACGUAUGGGGCCAGAAGCCUCAGGGUGAUGCAGAAGAGACAACUGUAGUCCUGACUAAGGGGGCUGAAGGGAAAAGCAUUACAGAGAUGGAAACGGACAUCACCGUGGGACGAAUAGUAGGCUCAGUGUAUGAUAAGCAGGGCUUUCUGCUGCAGCUGGACACAAAACUGCCACCAGAGUUGGCAUACAAGUAUGGAAACCUCAGCGAAGGAGUGUGCAAGCCAGGAUAUGCAGCAGCAAAGAUGACCGCCAUAUAUCCUAAGUUCAUGAAACCAGCACCAAUGUUUCUUGAUCGGAACUUCAAACGUCUGGGAAAAGUCAACAGUUACUUACCUCCAUUUGGAUUCAAAACACAAGGUAAAAAAGGUUCAUUCGAUCAUUUACUGUCCACUAGCAAUCUACAAUUCAUUUCUACAAUUAAUUUCUUGAAUAAUGUGUUCAACGAUGGUGUCCAUAAAAACCAAUCUGCUGCCAGGUUGAAUGAAGCCCCAGUAACUGGUUAUGGCAAACACGUAGGGACCAAAACUACCUUGAGGAUUACCUAUCCAGAGGGAGCAAUUCAGAAGCCUGAAAUCUAUGAAAAAGACUCACUUUUUGUUUUUUCCGCCUUCAAACCGCUGGAUUUCAAGUGGCUGAGACAGAUGGUCUUCAAGGAGAAGCUGAGGGGCACAGAGGGUUUUUGGAAGUCGGUGGCUCACUAUGUGCCUCGGGAGCCGACUGAGAUAAGAAUCCUCAAUCCCUACUUCAUCCAGGAGGCUGCCUUCCAGUUUAUAGGUCUGCCCUUCAACAAUGGCCAAAUGGGCAAAGGGAACAUUCCAACUUUGGGAACAGUUGCUAUAACAAUGGCACUGCAUAACUGUGAUGAGGUGGCAGUGGCGGGUUUCGGCUACGACAUGAACAAGCCCCAUGCUCCUCUGCACUACUACGAGACUGUCAAGAUGUCCGCCAUUAAAGAGUCAUGGACACACAACAUAUCCAAGGAGAAGGAGUUCCUCCGCAAGCUGGUGAAAGCCAACGUCAUCACAGACCUGACCAACGGUAUCUGAGUUUACACCCACCCACAGUCUCCUUCUGCCUUCCCCAAAGGACUACUAAACAGGAAGCGGGGAAGCGGAUCGACUCUGGGAGAAAGAACCCUUAGAACCCGGGUGGCCUGCACACCGUCUGGGUUUUCAUAUCAAAGGAGAUUAUUAAAAUUAUUUCUGUGGAGAGAUGCACACAUGUGCCUUCUGAACCAAAGACUCCUGCUGAUUGUAGCAGGGAGGAUGAGGAGUGAGGAUGAGGGGGGGGCGACCAUGGGGAGAACUGGAUCUGCCUGGUUCCUGUCUUAUCAGGAGACAGUUGCAGGAAAGCUCUACCGGCCCCAUGCUUCAUCAAUUACCACAUUGACCCCCCACCCAAAGUAUCACAUGAAUGAAUAGGAAGAGCAGAGGUGACAUAUUGACAUAGAGAUGUCAGGAUUUAUCUCAACUUGCUAACUCAACGAAGGGACAGAGGAGAAAGGAAUGAAAAGAGGACUGUAAGAGAGCGUGUGCGGGGAUGGGUUGAGUAUUAGCAGUGCCAAACGUACCUCGUACAGGGGAGAGGCGGUCGUCCUCUCCUUUUGCUGCCUGAAUGUAUUCACUUUCCUCAGUGUAAAUAUCAAAGAUUUUUACUAUGCUUUUUAACAAGCUGCAGCACCCCUCUUCUCCAAGUCCCACCCUCCGCCUGCUGUUUGUCCAUUCAUUUAUUCACUUUUUACUGUCUGUCCAGGGUCCAAAAUGAACACUUGCCAAGCCAGAUGACAGUAGAUAAAUCAACAAGGAUCACCUUCCACUCAGACUGGUAUCACUUGAGAAAUUCAAGUGUUUCAUUAAUAUACAGACUUUUUGCAGUUUCCUCUGUGAAGUAUUUUGUCUGUAAGGGAAUUCUAUUAGUGACUCUAUAAACCAGGUUGAAGCUGGCUCUACACAGAGUAGUUGUGUGUGUUUUUCUGGUGUCUGGAUGGUUAGUUAUCCCCUUGUGGCUGAGAGAUCAGACAGAUCCAAAUUAAAUCUGAAUACAGAAAAAUUAUUUUUUAAAGUGUUUAUAAGUUUUCUAUCAAAACUCUAAAUCUGUUUGUUUUAAAAAUAUAAUAACUUUGUUCUCACUAAAUAACAUUGGAAGCAUGUAUCAGGAAUAAUGUAUAUUCAUUAUUUUGGUCAGUCUAAAUUAUUUUUGUGGGACUAUUUUUGUUUUGUUUACCAGCUCUCGCAGGUGAGCCCAAAAGUUAGAUUAAGACACUGCAUCUCUCCCUCUCUUCCGGUCUCUUUGUAAAUCCUUCCUCCUCCAGGUUCAUUCAUGUCACAGUACUGUCUUCAUCACUUCAUCAGCUGUGAGCCUCCAGGCUACAGCGUAGACAUACAAUAACGUGUCCUGCCCUGGUGAGAGCAGGUUCUGUAUGUCAGAACCCUUUCCAACCUCCUGUUGCUGCAGAUUUACUUGUUCUUCAGUAAAUGGUGAAAUCUCGGAUUGUAGAAUAUAAAUAUAUAUAUUUUUGUUUUUAGGUUAAUUAUUUAUUUUGUUACAAAGUCCCAGCGUUUUGGUCACAGGCAGGCCUGCUUCCUGUUGUUUCUGUUCAGAUAAAACACAAAAAGUUUGAAUUUGUGUUUUCGAAUCCACCACCAUGUGCUUCCUCAGAGACUGCAGCAUCUUUUAAGUUUGUGGCAGAAGCAGCGAAUUCACAGCUGAAUCUGUUUGGAAUUGGCUUAGUGUUCAGUGUUAGUCGGCAGCCUUUUAUUUCGGUGCUUUAUGUUACACGUGCUCUUCUUUUUUUAUU